GAUGAUGCCCUCUCAGUUCUGUCUCGUACUCUGACAAGUAUAUGUCCGAUACUGACUGUUACUUUAUCGCGUCUGCAAAAUUGUAAACGAAUGAUACCGACAACUUCAAUCAGUCCGUCGUUGAAAAUCGGCCUUCGAUUGAUCGGUAUGUGGCCGGGUGUACCAUAUUCCGCUGUUUGCUGGCUUACAUUUAUGUUGAACAUGCUGAUAUUGCAGUAUUUUCAAUAUAUGUAUGUAAUUAAUCAUUUUAAAAUGAGUGAGUUAUCGAAUCUCGUGGACAGUUUGCCUGCGACUUUAGAUUUCACUUUAACGUUUUUUAAAAUGAUCAUUUUUUGGAUACAUCGUCGAGUUCUUCAUCAAAUUAUAAUAGCUAUGGCUAACGAUUGGCGCAAUUGCGUAAAUAACGAACAGCAUUUUUAUGUGAUGACAAUUAAAGCCAAUUUAUCGCAUUUUUUUUAUAAAACUUUGUUGAGCUUCAAUACAAUUGUGGGGAUACUUUAUUACUUGGGCGAUUAUGCGAUCCAUUUUGACCAUCUGGUCCACCAUUACAACGAUUCUUUACUUCAACUUCCUAUCAAGAUACAAUUUCCUUUUAAAUAUGAUCAAUCACCUAUUUUCGAAUUGCUCAUCGUAAUUGUAUUUUUGUGUGUAAUGUUCCACAUGCACGCAGUCACUGUUCUAAACGGAUUGUUUUUUACAUUGGUACUUCACGUAAGCGGACAAAUCGAAAUUAUAUGCCAAGAAUUCAAAAAUAUUUCUGAAAAAAUUUCUCUUAACGAUUCUUCCUCACUUACAUUAGGAGUGCUGAUUGACAGGCACAACAAAGUGAUUUCGUUUUAAAAUUUGGAGGAACUUUUCUCUCUCGUCGCACUGAUGCAAGUCGUGUGGAAUACCUUAGUUAUUUGCUGUCUUGGAUUCAUGAUUGUAAUUUCUAUCAAUAAUGGAAGCGGUGCCAUGGUUGUAUUAAAAACCGCUUUUGGUUACAUUGGCAUAAUGUUUGAGGUCUUCAUAAUUUGCUUUGCCGGAGAAUACCUCAGCUUUAAGAGUAUAUCAAUUGCCAAUGCAGCAUACGACACAUUGUGGUAUAAUGUGCCACCAAUGCAGAGUAAAGUUAUAACAUUUAUAAUAAUGAGAUCUCAUAGACGACUGGGAAUCACGGCAGGAAAAAUGAUGGAUAUGUCCUUUGAAACUUUUAGUAGUAUUGUAAGAGCAUCGGCAUCAUACGUAUCGGUUUUACAUGCAAUGUAUUAAUAUAUG